AUGGCAAUUUAUUUCUCUUUUUUCUUUGCCUGGAUGAUGACUCUAGGUAGUCUGCUGGUCAGUGUCUUUACCAGAAUUAUUUGUACCUUGUUGGUGCUGGUGGCUUCAAUCGCCAUCUACAGACUAUACUUCCACCCGUUAGCCCAUGUCCCUGGACCUAGAUUCGCUGCCAUUUCAAGUGUAUGGCACGCCUAUAAUGCUCGCAAUGGACGCAUGGCGUACCUUGGAAAGACUCUUCAUCGACGAUACGGACCUGUUGUGCGCGUUGGACCGAAUGAAGUUUGGUUCAAUACCAAGGAAGCUUUUCAUGCGAUUUACAUGGCAACCGCUCUUAACAAACCUUACAUCGACUGGCACCUCAACCCUGAAUUCCCAGACACUCUCGAUCUUUUGUCGGAGAGAGAUGUAAGACGUUACCGUAUCCAGCGUCGGCUCAUCGGCCCAGUCUAUCAAACCUCCAGUCUCAUCCAAUAUGAAGCUGCUGUCGAUGAGGUUCUCGCACGCACCGUCGCCAAAUUGAAAAGCUUGAAGGGUGCCCAGGUCGAACUCAAUGAAUGGAUGCACAUCAUCGCUGUCGAAUGCCUCGGCGCGAUAGUUCUCUCAUGGUCACCCAGCAUGUUAAAGAAUGGUACCGACAAUGGCUCCGGUACUCAUGCCUACCAUGGUUGGAGACGAAAGAGUGUCUUUGGACUAUUUCCUCUGGCUGCCAAGCUUGAGUUCUUGUCAAAGUCAACUGGACGACUCUUUAGUACCAUCUGGGGCGUCAAUUUCCAGCCCCCGAAAGAUUUCCGGCCUUUUUUUCCUGACGUUGGCAAGAGAGCAUCACGACGCAUCAAUGCAGCCACGAAAUCCAAGCACCAUAAAGAUGAUCGUCAAGAUCUUCUAAAAGACCUAAUUUCCUUGCACAAAUCCAAGCCUGAGUUUACAGUGAAUUAUCUUCGGAAGAUGGUAAUCACCAAUUUUGGCGCUGGCCAUGAGACAAUGGCAUCAACUCUAACGUCAAUAAUCGCCAUGCUUGGCUCAAAUAACGAUAUACAAGAACAAGUAUCCCGCGAGAUCUUGGAAACACACAAUCCGGCUGAUUACUCCACCGCAACACGCUUACCAAAAACACAAUGCCUUAUCAAAGAAACCAAACGCCUAUAUCCCGUCAUCAGCAUGUCUUUGCCGCGUACAGUCCCUGCGGGCGGUCUUCAUCUACAUAACAACUAUUUCCCACCCAACACAACUGUCGGCUGCAACCCAGUAGCAUUACAUCGAAAUCCAGAAAUCUUUGGCUCCGAUUGUAAUGAGUUCAAGCCAGACCGUUGGUUGACCGCAGACUCUGACGCAGCGCGCAACAUGGAGCGUGUAAGUCUGAGCUGGGGCGGUGGUGCGAGAACAUGCCCCGGCCGGCACUUGGCAGAGCUGGUGGUCUUCAAGGUCAUUCCGGCUCUUAUCAAGGAGUUUAGCAUUGAGGCAAUUGUGCCACCUGAGGACGAGAAUCGCUCUUAUUUCUUAUCCAUGUUGACUAGUGUCAAGCCAAUUGCCACAGAAAACGCCCUCAUCAGUGGAAGCCGUGUCGCCUACGGUAUCUAUGGCAAGGGAAAACCUGUUGUUCUUCUUCACGGCACACCAUCAUCAUCCCUCAUAUGGCGCAACAUCGUCCCCAAGCUCGUCGACGCCGGUUAUAAAGUCCAUCUUUUUGAUCUUCUUGGCUUCGGUCUUUCAGAGCGUCCGUGGAACCUGGCUGUCGAUACCUCCAUGACAGGCCAGGUUUCUAUCCUAGAAGGAUUUUUAGAACUUUGGGGUUUGGAGAAGACUCAUAUUUUUGCUCAUGAUAUUGGAGGCGGUAUUGCCCAGCGCUUCUCUAUAUUUUCUCCUGAAAGGGUUUUAUUUUUAACACUCAUUGACGUUGUGAGCUUCGGCAGCUAUCCAUCAAAGCAGACCAAGAAGCAGAUGCAAAAGGGCCUUGAAACUCUUAUCAAGACGGACAAAAACGAGCACCGAGCCCAUUUCAGGGAGUGA